GAACCAAGUUCUGUUGUAUAAACACAGAGAGAACUGAACUUCUAAUCAGAAGAGAACUGAACUUGCAAAGUCCCCAACGUAACCCAAGCAUCUCCUAGACAGUACCAGUUCUUUUAGCUUCCUGCUGUCUUUGGGAUGCUUUGAAGAAAAACCUCUGAGACAUCGCAGAGAGGAAUGUUAAACCAAGUUUAUUUGGCAUUCAGAUUUGGCGAGUGAUUGAAGGCAGGUAGUGACCUGAGAAUUCUGUCUGUUUCCUGAGGACUGCUCCACUAUGCAAAGGCUGAUGAAGUUUCGGGUCCUCUGGGGCAUCCACAUGUCCUGCCCUGGCUUCCACCAUGUCCCUCAGCACCUGCGCUGCCAAUCUUUAUCAGGAGCUGGAGCCCUAAGAUUGAAUGACUACGACAGACCUGAGGCAUUUAACUUUGCAAGUGAUGUACUGGACCACUGGACUCAAAUGGAGAAGGAGGGCAAGAGAAGUCCAAACCCAGCCCUGUGGUGGGUGAAUGACCAAGGCGAUGAAGUGAAGUGGAGCUUCAGAGAGAUGACAGACUUAACCCGUCGCACAGCCAACAUCCUCACACAGGCCUGCGGCCUUCAGACGGGAGACCGUCUAGCCUUGAUUUUGCCUCGAGUGCCUGAGUGGUGGCUGGUGUCUGUGGGCUGCAUCCGAACAGGGGUCAUCUACAUGCCAGGGACCACCCAGAUGAAGGCCAAGGACAUUCUCUACCGACUACAAGUGUCUGGAGCCAAAGCCAUCGUGACCACAGAUACCCUUGCCCCAGAGGUGGAUUCUGUGGCACCUGAGUGUCCUUCUCUGAAAACCAAGCUCCUGGUGUCUGACCACAGCCGUGAAGGGUGGCUGGACUACCGAUCGCUGCUUAAAUCAGCCUCCCCAGAUCACAUCUGUAUUAAGUCAAAGACCCUGGACCCAAUGGCCAUCUUCUUCACCAGUGGGACCACAGGCUUCCCCAAGAUGGCAAAGCACAGCCACGGAUUUGCUUUACGAUCCUAUUUCCCUGCAUGCAGGAAAUUGUUGCAGCUGAAGACGUCUGAUAUCUUCUGGUGCCUGUCAGACACAGGCUGGAUUCUGGCUAACUUGGGGUGCCUAUUUGAACCAUGGACAGCGGGGUCUACAGUCUUUGCACAUCAUCUGCCUCAGUUUGACCCUAAAGUCAUUAUAGAGACAUUGUUCAAAUAUCCAAUUACCCAAUGCCUUGCUGCACCUUCUGUGUAUCGAAUGAUUUUGCAGCAGAAUUUUGCCAGUCUUAGGUUCCCCACCCUGGAACACUGCCUUACUGGUGGGGAAGCCCUGCUGCCCGAGGAGCAAGAACAGUGGGACAGACAGACAGGGGUUCUGCUCUACCAGGCCUACGGACAGUCAGAAACGGGAAUAGCUUGUGGCACUCUCCGGGGGAUGAAGAUCAAGCCAGGUUCCAUGGGGAAGGCCAUCCCACCCUUUGACAUUCAGAUCAUUGAUGACAAGGGCAAUAUCCAGCCUCCCAACACGGAAGGAAGCAUUGGCAUCAGGAUCAAGCCCACCAGGCCCAUAGGCCUCUUCAUGUACUAUGAGAAUAACUCAGAGAAAACAGCUGAAGUGGAAUGUGGGGACUUUUAUAACACCGGGGACAGAGCAACUGUUGAUGAACAGGGCUACUUCUGGUUCCUUGGGAGGAGUGAUGAUGUCAUCAAUGCAUCCGGGUAGGUGUAGCUGACCCUGAGCCAGAAGGUAUCACUCCCAUAUGCCUAGUGGGAU